AUGGUGCCUUUUUUGUUUUGCAUACUGAUUUUUGUCGAAAAUCAUGGCCGAAAGCGACAACCACCGCGAGAGAGGACACCGCCGGCUGGUCAGCGAGGCCACGAUUCGACGCGUUGCCGACGCCAGGAAAAAUAUCGUCCGGUCCCCCGAAGAAUAUGGACAAAAACGACAACUGCCAACAGCGAGCGCACGUGGAUCAUCCAGCGAAAAAGACUAUCAACGCGUGGCAGCUUUUUGCAGAGAACACGACCGAGGGCGUUUGAUGUGGGCAUGGCGAUCGGAGCGGCGGCGAGGAGAGGCCGUCUCGACACUUGUGGCCGCCGGAGUGAAGUGCAGCCCCUUUUGAGCCGUUGACCGACCAUCUCUCGAGCGACCAGCGAGGCAUGAGUUCGCAACAGCCACCGCCGCCGCCGCAGUGUUUGCCCACGGACAGAUGACCCAGACCGGGCCUAGUCAUGCACGUCUGCUUCUGGCUGUUGACCAUCAGCGUGCUGGGCGCCGCCGCCCCGGCCUCCCCACCUGUUCAGUACAGCGCCCGCGUGGUCAAAACCAAGUACGGGCAGGUGCGGGGUGUGCAGAUCCAGCCCAACUCGCGGCAGAUGGAGGCGGUGGACGCGUUCCUGGGCAUUCCGUUCGCCUCGCCGCCGACGGGCAGCGGCCGCUUUCGUUUCCCGAAGGCGCCGGCCAAGUGGAGUGGCGUGUGGACGGCAGAAAAGUUCGGCGCCGUGUGCCCCCAGCGGCUGCCGGACCUUGCUAAUGAAAGUGCGACCUUGGAGCUGAUGCCUCCCGGGAGGCUGAACCAAGUGAAAAGACUGGCCCCCCUGCUCUCUAACCAGAGCGAAGAUUGUCUCAACCUCAACCUCUAUGUGCCCGGCACCGGGUCGCAAGGCGUAGACGCGCCGUACGCGGUGCUCGUCUGGGUGCACGGCGAAUCUUUCGAGUGGAACGCCGGCAGUGCUUACGACGGCACCAUUUUGGCCGCCGUCGGCAGAGUGAUCGUCGUCACGUUCAACUAUCGGCUCGGAAUACUCGGUUUCCUCAAAACUGGUCCUGGUGUGGAGGGGUCGGGUCUGCUGCCUGUCAAGGACAUUGAGGCCGCUGUCCGAUGGGUCAAGGAAAACAUUGGCGAGUUUGGAGGCGACCCGAAAAGAAUUCUUAUUGUAGGGCACCACACGGGAGCCACCCUUGUCAACCUUUUUCUACUAGCACCAGACUCAAAAGGCUUAGUUUCUGGUGCUGCCCUGUUGAGCGGCACUGCGUUGAGCCCAUGGGCCGUUCAACUAGACGCCGACCGGGCUGCGUCUUCAGUGGCUCGCCAGGUGGGCUGCGAGCUUAGAAGAGAUUUCGUAGGUUGUUUGCAGCGUGUUCCUCUGGCCAAAUUGAUGUCUGUUACUCUGCCAACACCUGCCUACCUGCCUAGAAUAGGGCCACCCCUUCCAGCCGCCGACCCAGAGCGGUCCAUGAGGGAAAAGACUGCGGGCGCGUUCAUGGCAGUGCCCUUGAUGAUUGGCUUUACAACCACAGAGAGCGUCCACGAAAUAAACGCCUAUGAGCUGCAAUGGGGUAUGGAAGAGGACAGACAAUCACAGGUGUUACGAACAUUCAUCAGGAACGCAUUCACAUGGCACGUCAUUGAAAUUCUCGCUGCUGUGUUGAAUGAAUACACAGACUGGACCAAGAUCGUGCAGCACCCUAUUAGCUUGAGAGACAACACUUUGGAGGCCUUAACUGACGGGCACACGGUCGCCCCGCUCCUCCAAGUAGCCAACUUUCAUGCGCGACGCGGAGCAGCAACUUUUGCUUACCACUUUGCGUACCAGGCUAAGGACUCUGAUUUUCCCCAGAGGAUUGGAAGUGCCAGAGGGGACGAUGUUGGCUACAUCUUCGGAGCACCUCUCGCUGCCAGUGGAAACACAAUCAUCUUCCCGCACAAUUUCACGCGCCAGGAUCAGGCAGUGUCUCACACAAUGCUAACCUUGCUCGCGAACUUCGCUAAAUCUGGCAACCCAAACGAACCCCAGAAGCCGCAGCCGCUGGAGGACUUUUCUUCGUCCGACAAGGACAAAAGCAAAUACCGGGCGGUGACCUGGGAGCCCUUCGACUCCAACAGCCAAGCCUACCUCAGCAUCGGGCCAAAGCUGCGUAUGAAGAACCAUUACAGGGCGCACCACAUGGCCACGUGGUUACACCUGGUGCCUCAAUUACACCAGCCGACGGGCGACGAGGUCAAUCCACGGCACCACCACUUCAAAGACAUGGGCUUGCCGCUCUAUGCAGGCGAGGUGCGGCAGGAGCCGUUCGUACACAGGUCGCUGGGCGACGACGACGGCGAAUCCGACUACAGCAUGAUCGAGUGCGUCUACGUAAACACAAGCGCCGCUUUUUCCUCCGUCUCCACCAUGAGUCUUGACCCCGUUGACCCUAUCGAGGGCGUCGACGAAACCAGCCAACUACUAGACAGAACUACCAAAAACACAAAGUCGUCGUACCCGAGCUUCACCACAGCGCUGGCUGCUACAAUUGGUGCUGGUUGCCUACUUUUAUUGCUCAACAUCCUCAUUUUCGCCGCUAUCUUGUACCACAGAGAGCGGAGAAAAGCUGCAGAUGAAUCCAAAAAAGAGGAAGCUGCUUCUGAAUCGGCGGUGGCCGAGGGCACAAGCAGAGGAGGCACCUCGGAGGAGUCAAUCGAAAUGACCUCGGUGUGCGCCAGCAUGACCACAGUUCUUCCAAGUGCGUCCGCCUCACCGGCGCACGCGGGCAUCAAAAGGGGCGGCCUGCACCACCACCACCAUCACCACGCAAGAAUUCCUGCUCCGCUCAGCCCAUCCAUCCCUGAGCCACCUCCGCCGCCUGCCUCCAUGCACCCUAAAUACGCCACCCUGCCGGCCAAGAAAAGGGUGCAAAUUCAAGAAAUCUCGGUAUAGCACCUGUGGGGCUCUUUUGUGCGCUGCGUGUUUUGUACAUAGAAAAAUGUUUCAAAGUUAGUCGAAUUAAUGAGAUGAACUGCAGACAAUGCUGACAUUGAGAGUGCAUGAGGAUGGAUUGCUAUACACUGCUGUUUUUACUGUUUUUAAAGGUGUGAACUAAAAAUGGAAAUAUGUAAAAUUGGGAAAAUGAAGAUGUUAUAAAGAAAUAAUUUUGGGUAUUUUAACAUAAUUAUUUAGGUUGUAUGUUGGUUUUUAAAUUUUUUUAGAAACAUAAUACAAUUUAUUUAAACUUUGAAUUUAUUGUUAAAGACAAAACUUUUCAUGCUGAUUAAAAUCAAUUUUUUUGUUUUAAAAUCCAGAAUUAUUUUAAUUUAUAAGAUAAUUAAUGAAUUAACUACAAUUGAUAAUUUAUGGAUUUGGACUUUCAGCCUAUGGCGUGAAUAUUAAAACAAGUUAUAUAAAACAUAUCUGAAGAGGUGUUGCUGUAAAAUAAACUAUAAAAGACGAUUGAAAUCUACGUUCCGUUACGGGGAGAUGUUAUAAUUAAAUCCAAAAUCAAUUGCAAGUUGAGUCUCAAAAAAUGUAAAUUAUUAAUACAUUGAAAAUAUUAAUAAGUGUUGAAUACUAAUAAUUUGUUAAAGAAAUAAACAAAAUUUUACCUCACAUUAUGUCUAUGAAAAUUGAACAUGCAGUGCAAUGAUUUAUUGUGUGAAUUUCUAAGAGGGCAAAACUAAAAAUUUUCAUAUUCCAAAAAAUAUAAUUCAAGCAAGAAGGGAAGUGGAAAAAUUAUUUCUGAACAAUUUGAGUUUGUAGAUUAUUGGGGUGUAUUAAAGUGUUUCAAUUGCGCUGUUUGUACAUUAAUAACUGUAAGGAGAAAACCAUUGUGAUGUUUUUUGUAUGCCAAAUGCAAUCAAAACAAUAAAAUAUAUA